AUGGCGACAUUGGAUUCCGACGUGCCCAUGGUUCCGGCAGGCGAGGGAUCGAACGAUGCUGGCCCUUCUUCAGUUAAGAAGUCCAAGCGUUUCGAGAUCAAGAAGUGGAAUGUUGUGGCUCUCUGGGCUUGGGAUAUUGUUAUGGACAACUGUGCUAUAUGCAGAAACCAUAUCAUGGAUCUUUGCAUUGAGUGCCAAGCAAACCAGGCAAGCGCAACAAGCAAGAAGUGUACAGUUGCUUGGGGUAUGUCUUUUGCUUGCAAACACUAAUAUCUUCAAGUUUAUGUAUAUCCUCCUCCUAUCUUUCAGAUUGUGUAUUUGCUAUGCCCUUGUUAUUGACUAAUUUAUUUUGCAUGCACCGCAAGUUAUUA